AUGGAGCUCCGAACGAUCCUCAAAACCCCACUUGGCCAACUAACUAGAAAACUUCAAGUUCACCCUGAAUUACAUACUGGUAUAACUUACCAUUGUCUUUCUAACCAAAUAAUCAGGGAUAUAUGUGUUAGAGGCUUGGUGGAGAGGAAUUUACCUGGCUAUAAAGAUUCAUUUUGGCGAGUUGUUGCUCAGUGUACUGCUCUGUUGCCUGAAGAUAAACCACGAUAUGUGAUGGGUGUUGGUUAUCCACUGGAUAUUGUAGUUUGCAGUGCUUUAGGUGCUGACAUGUAUGACUGUGUUUAUCCCACUCGUACUGCUCGUUUUGGCACAGCUCUUGUACCAGAGGGAUUGCUGAAACUUAAGCACAAAUCAAUGGCCGAUGAUACUCGUCCCAUUGAUCCAACAUGUGCUUGCAUGGUUUGUAAGAAUUAUACAAGGGCAUACAUCCAUUGUCUUGUUACAAAAGAUGCUAUGGGAUCACAGCUUCUGUCAUACCACAAUUUGUAUUGCAUGUUGCCGUUACAAACAAAAAUAAUAGCUUCUUUCUGUGAGUUUUGUUAUAUCUUGUAAUCGAGACUGUUGUUCCUUUAAAAUUUGUAGCUUAGCAGAGAUCUGCACAGUUCGAUAAUUGUGUUGAGAGUAGCUUUUGCAUAUAUUGUUUACUUUCAAGAGAACAAUUGUAUUGCAAACUCUAAACUCUAAUGAAUACAUAGAUAAGUGUUUUAUAUACAUACAUAACUUGU